CACUAUGAUGUUUUAACCUCCAAUGGAAAAGUUUGUUUUCUAGAAACGCGAUCCGCUUGACAUGUGGCAAGAAAGAACGUAGGAUUUCUUAUUUUCAUUGGUUGGCACUAGUCCAACGUUUAGCAGUUUGAUUUUGAAUGAUGUAAACAACGAUUUAAAGCACCGGGGUCACAAACGGCUGUGCGGCAGAACUUGCGAUCUUGUUCUGUGUUUUUAACUACAAACUCGACAAGUAUAUCGCAGUUGCAAAAUUACUUAAUUUAUUCAAACGACACAUAAGAAGCAACGGGAAUAAUUAAAUUGACAUAAUAAUUGAACACCAACAGUCAUAAGUCUGACAAGUCCAAACGUAUAAGAACAAAGAGCUAUUUCUCUCUUGAUACUGUUAUCUCUGCUACGUUUUGUGCCACCUUUUUAGACAUUAAAUCAUGGGUAAUUAUAUGAACAAGUUGUUCUCUCAUGCUGAUGAUAAUCGAAGAGAAAAUGAAACACAGGCUGUGGAACAGCAACAAGUAGCUGAAGAAGACAAUUGUUGCACACCAACAUAUCUCAAUCGAAAAUUGUUGAUUGAUCCACGUUCAGCUUCACAAGGAAUCAGAAGAACUCCCAUCUUGAUUGCAGACAUUCCAGUAGGAGUAAAUAAGAGAACACCUAAUGCAAUCCCAAAACAUUUACAGAAAAUGCAAUAUCUCGAAACUAAUUUAGAUAUUAUGCCACAAUGGUCACCGAAGAAAAAUUUUGCAGAAAAAUUGACACUUGACAUUCAGUCACAAGAAUUGAAUAAUGUACAAAAUUCUUCGAGAUCGGAUACUAAUAUCGCGAAAACGCCAAAAAAUUUAACAGCAAUAGAGAAGGAACGUUACAGAAUUUUGGGACUUGAUCCAAGAUCUCCAGCAGCUGACUUCAACAGAACCCCUAUUUUAAUACCAAAGUCUCUCGCAAUGUUAAAAGCUCGAUCACAAGAUAACUUGAACCGCAAAGGCAGUUAUGACACAGACGUUUAUAAUCCGAGAAACUCAUGGCAGGAAACAAGCAUAUCACUCGAUAAUACUGAAAUACAGUUGUUGCCAGACAUAGCUUCCAAACGCUUGAAGCAGUUAGAUUCUGAAACGCGAGCCGAAUUGAAUAUACUUGACAUAUCCAAGUCCGAUUCUGAUUCAAGUAUUUUUGUAAGCGAAGAAGACCUCACAGUUAUUAAAAACUCAGACCUUAAACUCACGAAUGACAGAUCAUUAGUUACAGACGAAGGGACAGCAAUUGACAAACAGGAAGACAAUAUGGACAAACAAAAUGAUCGUGAAGACGUUAUUGAGCAAAAUAUGAAAUCUAUGCGAAUAAAGGAUGACAAUAAGAUUAAAAUAUGGCACGAUUCAUCAAUAUCAGAAGAAAAUGUAAUAAGUAAGGAAAAGAAAGAAGGACGAAAGAAAAUCGAGAGAGAACCAUCUCGGGAAGAGAUUCUAAAGGAAAAUAUAUUUGAUGAAUAUACUGUUAAAAACAUUUCUCUGUCAAAACCAACAAAGAUGGAAAAUAAUCAGAAAGAGGAAGAUGGAGAAAACAUAGAUAAAAUCCUUAAAACAGAUGUAAAAUUGAAAUCAGAGAAAAAGAUUUUCAGUCCUGAUAGCAAAUAUGGUAACGAAGUAGUCAAGAAUCGAACACCUCUAGCCAACAGAUCUAAUGGUAAAACUCAUGCAAUUCCAACAAAAUCGCCGCAACAAUUAUUAAAAAAUAAGACUACUAAGAUACAACAAGAAAACACACCACCGUACAAAAGUUUCAGUGCAAAAAAUAGAAAUGAUAUUCAAUGGGAUCCGAAUUCUUCAAUUAUCAUAUAAAUGAUAUAUUUAAGUCAGCACAAAAGAUAAUAUUUAGUUGCAAUUUGUUUUAUUCUUAGACUACAAUUAUGCUACUUUGUGUUGCAAUCUGUAAGUAAAACUUCUAAUUUCAUAUUGAAAAA